AUGAAUACCAUCACAGAUGCCAAAACCACAACGGAGGCGUGGACCAAGUUACAAAUGACAUUUGCAAACAAAUCAGCUAUGCGGAUUUUAUCCUUGCAUGACAAACUCUCUAGAGCAAAAAGAGAUUCACAUCCAGUUGCUGAAUAUCUUCAGCUUAUCAAAUCAAUUGCCGAGGAACUCUCCUUGUGCGGAAGUCCUAUUACUGAUGUAGAUCUUGUGGUUCACAUUAUGGUACCAAUAUUUUACUCAAGUUGUUGUGAUAUGGUAAGCAAAUGGGAAAAGAUUGUCUCAGAAAAUGGAUCAUAUGAGUUGGAUUUGUGGUCCAAUCUUGAAAUUUUGACUUCAGAUUCACUUUCAAGAGCUGCAUCUGGAUCAAAUUACGAAGAAGGUACAAAGAUAUUUAAUCUUCAAAUAGAACUUGGUGAGCUAGUUAUGAAAGCAUUUCCUCUUCCAGGAGCAAGUCUUUUGCCAACCAAAAAAAAUCGAAGGAUGAAGGAGAUUGCUAGAGAAGUGAGAACUUCAAUUCAAGAUAUUAUUACAAAAAGGUUGAAAGCAAUGGAAGAAGCAAAAGAUGAUAUUAAUUAUGAUGAUUUUUUGGGAGUGUUAUUAGAAUCAAAUUUGAAGCAAAUUAAAGAAGGUGAAAACAAGAAUUUGGGAAUGAGCAUGGAGGAGGUUAUUGAAGAAUGUGAGUUUUUUCAUUUUGCUGGACAUGAGUCUACUUCAGUUUUGAUAAUGUGGGCACUAAUUUUAUUGUCUAAGCAUUUGGAUUGGCAAGGACGUGCUAGAGAAGAGAUUUCACAAGUUAUUGGUGGUAAAAUACCAGACUUUGAUGAUUUAUUGCGAUUAAAAAUAGUCAAUAUGAUUCUUCUUGAGACUCUAAGGCUACACCCACCAGGAGUUUUGUUUGCAAGAGUGAUUGAAGAAACUACCAAAUUGGGAAAUAUAACUUUACCUAGUGGAGUUCAACUCAACAUACCUACUCUUUUCAUUCAUCGUGAUCAAGAAAUAUGGAGAUAUGAUGCAAAUGAAUUCAAUCCAGAACGAUUUAGUGAAGGUGUUUCAAGUGCACCAAAUGGAAAAUUUGGUUAUUUCCCAUUUGGCUAUGGUCCUCGAGUCUGCAUGGGUCAAAACUUUGCUAUGUUAGAAGCUAAAGUCGCACUUGCCUUGUUUUUACAACUUUUUACCUUUGAUAUAUCGCCAUCUUAUGCUCAUGCUCCUUAUCUUGUUGUGACACUCCAAGCUCAGUAUGGAGCUCAAGUGAUACUACGUAAGUUGUAA